GUGUCAAUUUUACACCUGGAAAAUGGUACAAAUUUUCUCAAAAAUCGUAUUUUAGUGGGAUUUUUACUCGAUUUUUCGUUUUUCUUUGAGUUGUCCCAUAAUUAGUUUGAAAGUUUCACCCAAAAAAUAACGGCAAAUGAUCAUGUCAAAUGCCGUUUCCAAAUAUUUGUGUCUUAUUUCCAUUUAGGAAAAACGUUAUUGUGCUACAAAGUCGCAAAAGGUAACAUAAUUUUCAUAGAUUUUUCAUUGAUUAGAUCAUUUUAAAGCACCAUUGCAUGUUGAUGUUGAUUGCCUGUAAUUUAAAUUUAAGUACUUGAGUUGAAUUCAUUCAUAUUUACAUUGCUAUCAAAUGGAAAGUGGCCAAUUGUACGGUGUACGGCUUCACACGAAUUCUACAUAAUUAUAUCAUUUGCUAAUCGCUUUGGACUAAGCGAUACAAAAAAAAUCGCUUGCAUGUCCAUCCAUCUAUAAUAAUUCAUUCAAUCGAGCAUUUUUUUUUAUUGAUAUAGAUUUUAUAUCAUAUCCAUUUAUGGGAGUCAUGUAAACAAUUCCUGUGUAUAUAAUAAAAAGAGCAUAUGUAGCCAAAUGGCUAUCAUGACCGAAAUGGGUGUGCAACAGUAUUUUGUGGAAAAGUGAUUAAAAAUUUAUGGUUCUAUCGUCAGUUUCUAAGCAUUUUUCUUUCGCCAUUCCGGAACAUUUCAAUUAUGAAUCCCGUAAUUAUAAAGCCAAGCCCAUUUCGUACAUAUGUCGUUCUGUGGAUUACCGCACCAGCAAAAGAGCAUUGUUCAAGCGGAUUUUAUGAAUGAUUUAUAACGUUCCAAACGAAAAAUGCACAGUUCAAUAUCGUCGACUUGAUUUGAAAAUCAGGCACCGUGCAAAAAGACGGAACGAAUAUGAUCGAAUGAGUUCUCACUCCCAAGCUGCUUUUAGUAAACAAAAUACAACGACACAUGAUAUUAACUAACUCACUCACUGUAUAUGUUGGUAUAGGAAAAAAUGUGCGCGUAUUUUAAAAUACGAGCUGAGUCUUUUUGCAUUGCUGUUUACAGCGAAAUGAACGACCGAAGUCCCCGGUGUGGAUCGUGAGGACAGUGGCGCAGUGCAAAUAAGACGCACAAUAUACAUAUAGAAAAUAACGUUAUAUGCAUGCUUUGAACUCUCGUUGAUUUUGAGCGACGACGACGACGACGACGACGACGACGACGACGACGAUGGUGACGACGCUGUGUUGGUGUAUCAAUGUAGUACAUAGCGUCCGAUUGUGUUCAAUCUAUCGUUGUAUUGAUGAUUUGUUUUGAUAUAUUUGGGAUGUCGGCAACUGUAGCCGCAAAGCAUUAUUCCAUAUUUUUCUUUGCUACUGUAAAAGAAUCAAGACGCCAAAAACAGCACACCAAACGCAUUCGUGUUUAAUAGUACUGUGCCACAUCUUGAUGAAGCGAAAAUUAAAUAAAUUCGUUUAAACAUUCUGCGAAAUUGUUCGUCACUUUGUAUAAAAUAAUCAUCACAUUUUUUUUAGCAGAGAGAAUAAGAUAUUCUAUAAUUAAUACCCACUGGGUUGUGCUGUGCUGUGCUGGCAUUCGUUUGAAUCAUUGUUAGUUAAAUAUAAGAAAAAUGUGUGAUUAAUCUGGUGAGAAGAAGUAAGGGAAUUAACAAAAAAAAAACAAAGUGAAUGAUUAUGUCAUCUUGAAAUAAAUAAGUAAAUUUGUGCAGCAGAUUCAGUGCAAGUUCAGACACUAAGGCGUUCACAAGCAGUUUGGUCAGCAGUCGAGAGAUUUUGUUUUAAAGAAAAGUGUUUAAAAUUUAAAAAGCUAAUCUCAAUUUGAGAGUUGUUUUUUCAAGUGGAAUAAACGCCGUACAACAACAAUGUCAAGGCCAUCCGUUGGACAAGAAGUGAGCUCGGGUGUGGAAGAAGUCGAUGAUAACUUCCAAGAAGAUCUCACGCAAUUGAAUACGGGUAAAGAUACGGCAACAUCCGAAAUGGCGGCUGCUAGCAAAGAGGCAUCGAAAGAUGACCCCGCACCACCCAUAAAACCAAAACAAACAACGAGUGAUGACAGCAUUUUUACGAUUUUGUAUUCGAUUGCGAAGAAAGUAAGCAUGGUUGGUGCCAUUUAUCUGGUCGGAUACAUGAAUUGGUCGGUGGCAUGGUUGAUUACACCCGUUAUUUUGGCUGUAACACGUGAAUACUGGAAUAAAACCAAUAAAAUCAAACGAGAGGUAGCCAAAGCGUCGGCAACAGCAAACGAAAAAGACGUCAUCUUGGCUCGAAUCAACGAUUUACCGGCUUGGGUUUAUUUCCCCGAUAUUGAACGAUGUGAAUGGGUCAAUCGCAUUUUGCAACAAGUUUGGCCAAAUGCAAACUACUAUGCAAAGGAUUUGGUUAAGGAUGUGAUCGAACCAAAAGUGGCUGAAGCAUUGUCCGAAUACAAAUUGAAUGGCUUCAAAUUCGAUCGCAUCAUGCUUGGAACAAUUCCUCCUCGUAUCGGUGGCGUCAAAGUCUAUGACAAAAACAUUGCACGGAAUGAGAUCAUCAUGGAUAUGGAUCUAUUUUAUGCGAGCGAUUGUGACAUCAACUUCCAGUUGGCUGGUAUGCGAGCUGGCAUCAAAGAUUUCCAAAUUCACGGAAUGGUUCGAGUUAUCAUGAAGCCACUCAUUUCAAAAAUUCCGCUGGUCGGAGGACUUCAAAUUUUCUUCUUGAAUAAUCCAGACAUUGACUUCAAUUUAGUUGGUGUGGCCGAUUUGUUGGACAUGCCAGGGUUGAGUGAUAUGCUACGUCGUAUUAUUGUUGAACAAAUUGGAGCGAUUAUGGUUUUGCCAAAUAAAUUACCAAUUGCUCUUAGCACUGAAGUGCCAUCGAUUACUUUAAAAAUGCCAGAGCCAGAGGGAGUUCUGCGAAUCCACGUGGUCGAAGCAAAGGAUUUGAUGAAAAAAGACAUUGGUGUUCUAGGAAAAGGGAAGAGCGACCCAUAUGCAAUCGUGCAAGUUGGCGCGCAAGAAUUCCGCACAAAAACCAUUGACAAUACGGUCAAUCCAAAAUGGGACUACUGGUGCGAGUAUGAAAUUGAUGCGGCUAAAGGUCAAGAUGUUGCAUUCAGUUUAUGGGAUUAUGAUGCUGGUUUUCCCGGCCCGGAAAAUGAUGAUUUUCUCGGAAGAGCUACGAUUGAGAUUAGUAAUGUCGUAAAGAAUGGAACAUUGGACACGUGGGUAGCACUUGAGCAAGCAAAGCAUGGAAUGUUACACGUCCGUUGCACCUGGUUGGAAUUAUCGGCAAACCCCGCUGAUUUGCAGGCGGCCCUUGUUGAAACGCAGCUUUUGCGUGUAACCAAUUUGGGCAGUGCCAUUUUGUCGGUUUACAUUGAUUCAGCCAGUGACCUACGUCAAGCUCGUAUUCAGAGCAAACCGGAUCCAUAUGCCAUUCUCGGCGUUGGUAAAACUACUCGUCAAACGGCAGCACUCAGACGAACUGAUGCACCAGUUUGGGAGCAAGGAUUCUCAUUUUUGGUAGGAAAUCCAGAGAACGACACGCUGCAAGUGAAAAUUGUCGAUCAGAAAACGGAAAAAGAUCUUGGCCAGUUCACGUACAUUCUCAGCACUUUGUUGACCAAAAAUGAUUUGCAAGUUGUCUCACAACCAUUCCAACUGCAGAAGUCUGGCCCAAAUUCUAAGGUGAUCAUGUCCAUGGCAUUGAAGAUUUUGAAAAGAUCGGCAAAUGAACCAAGCGUACCGCAAGCAGAAGCGCCAAUGAUUCAUCGUCAAGCGUCUCAGUCAUCGAUGAUUCAGCGUCAAGCAUCCCAAGCAUCGCAAUCCGAUGUUUCGGAAGUGAAAAACGUAAAAUUAGCAGAUUUUCCCAAAGUACCCGAGGUGCCAAGUGAAUCGGGUAGUGGCGUCGAACAAAUCGUUGACAAGGAUGUUGCAUCUGAAGUGACUGAAUUCAUAUCGAGCGAAGCGGCCUAUUUGCUAAAGGAUGAACCACAAUCUGAACUUCAUCGUCGUCAGUUUAGCACAGAGUCAUCGGCGAGUUCCCAUGGAUUGGGUCGCAUUCAAAUCAGUUUGCAGUACAGUGUACAACGACAACGUUUAUCGGUCACCAUUCAUCGUAUUGUUAACAUCCCAUUGCCAAAAGAUCCAUCAAACAUACCGGAUCCGUACGUUAAACUUUACUUGUUGCCUGGACGAUCGAAAGAGUCGAAACGCAAAACAAUCGUCAUGAAAGACUCAUGUGAUCCGGUUUAUGAUGCAACAUUUGAGUACAUCAUUUCGUCGGCUGAAUUGAAAAACACCGAAUUGGAAGUGACUGUAGCCACACAAAAGGGAUUCCUAAGCGGUGGCAGCCCAAUCAUUGGCAUGUUGAAACUUGCUUUGGACGAUGACGACAUUGCAACACAUGGAAUAACUGAUUACUAUGAUCUCCUACCGGAGAUCAAAUCAGAUUAAACACACUAAAUUAAUUUUAGAAGCUCGAAAACUACCAUGAAUAUAUGUCAAUCAUCUAACGUAACUUCUUUGUAAAAAAAAUUGUAAAUCUAUUCAUCGUAAACACUCUAUACAAACAUGAUGUUCAACUUGUAACUCUGUGCCUUUUCUGUAAACAAUCUCUGUCGCUCUCUUCCGCUUGGGCUCGAUCAUAAUCGGCCAUCCUGCAUUUUUAUACACACAAUUGUAUCGUGUUUUAAUUUAGCCCAUUAAAACCGAAUAGAUUUAGUCGUAUAACGAAAUCAGUAGAUAAUGUAAAAGAUGUUUAGCUUUAAUUUGCUUGCUGUUGAAAAAUGAAGAAAUUAAAUAUAUUCUGAUCUAAAAUUCUAA